GGGCGCUGUGGGGCAGCCGGUACCGGGAGGGGGGUUCCCGGUGGCACCGGGACCGGGACGGACCCUCCGCCUCCGGCUCAUCGCCCCCGGCACCGGCCCGCGGAUCGCGGCACCGGCACCGCUUCCCGCCCCGGCACCGGGACCAGCCCGCCUCCCCCGGCGGCACCGGGGCUGCUCGUCCUUCUCCAGCACCGGGACCGACCCUUCCCCGCCUCACCGCGACCUCCGGUCUGGCCCCAAGUACCGGCGCUGCGGGGGCGGGGGAGCCGCGGGGGGGCGGGCGGGGGUCGCGGCAGCCCCAGCCCCCGCAGCGGCGCUGCCUGGCGUGGGAGGGCGAGCAGCGCUUGGGGCGAGCCGGGGGGUCCCGCACCACGCAGACGGCGGGGUCUCGGGGGACGGGGUGCGGGCGCUGGCUCGGUAGGGACCACCGGUCCCGCCACCCCAGGAAUGCAGAGCCCGUGGUCACCCGUGGGGACCCUCCCCACGGAGGGCAGCGCGGGGAGGCGAUGGGGGUCUGAGCUGCGUCGCUUCGUGGGGUGCGGGGGGGUCCCGGAGGAGGAGGAGGCAGCAGCCCGGCAUGUGGCAAGGUAAGGGCUUUGAAGGUGAACCACAGGCAGCCGGCUCCUUGGCAGGCUCUGGGAGAGGAUGAGCUGCAUGCGGCUUCCUUCUCCUUCCAAAAAAACAAGCACCACAAGUCUCUUCUUCUUUAGUUUUAUCCGAUGACCCUUGGAUGAGUCCUCAUCCAGCGGGCUCGCGUGGAAAUUGCACCUUCCUUGGCGCAAGAGCAAAAAUGCCGGUGCCCUUUGGGCAGAAGCCGGGGACCGUUCCAAGGAGCCAGCCCUGCUGCCGGAGCCCCGCGGCCCGCAGCAAAGCGCUUGGGUGGGUCCCUGCUCCCUAAUCCCAACGGACGCGUCCGUCAGCCAGGGGCUCACCCCAGGGCUGGGCCCAGCGUGGAAACCCCUGCGUGGGGCCAGCGUUAGCGGCGCUCCUGCCCGCUGGAUGCUGCUGGUUUGAAUUAGGUCAGGCUUUCAUCUCGGGCAGGCUGAGCUCCCCGCUCCAGCCCCAGGGAUUGAUGAUUCGUGGCAGGCACCCGGGCAGGGGGAGGAAGGAGCUCUUGCUGCAGGGCCGUGGGGUGGCGGGGAGCCCAGGACGCGCCGUGUUGCCGUGUGGAGAACGGGUGACGCGCUGUCUUGAAAGCACCUUCCUUACGACCCACCGAAAUCAGACGAGUGGGGCGUCAGGAAAGUCUCCAAACAGAUUCAAAGGACAUGUACACCUUUGGGGCACAGAUUUUCAGCCAGUGGAAGGAGCCACAGUGGCCACUGGGAUGCUGUGUCUCAGCAGCAUCAUCCUACCUGGACAUCUGCUGCUAACCAGAAAGCUUUUUCAGAAGGUGAAGCUGUGCCUGUGCUAAUGAGAGAGACGGGUGAACCCACCCUCCAGGGCUGUGUCCUGGUGAAACCAGGGCCGAGAGCUCUCCUGUGAGCUGCAAGGGCCACACCACGAGGGAUGCAAAGGUCUCGGGAUGGCCCAGGCUGCCUUUGCUCUGUGACGACCGCCUGGAGUUAGUAGCUGCUCUCAGCACCAGCAGCAGGCUCUGUUAAGGGAGGUAUGGGAGCCAGGCAGAGGAUGGGGAUGGCUGAGACGCAGGGGCAAAGCAAAGUCCGUAGCGGUGGAAAGGCUGAGCUCAACCCUGGGACAGCUCAGGGCAGCGGGGAGGCUUUGGGAGUGGGUCCCUGGGGGACCAGACUGGGUGCUGGGGCUGGCUGGCUCUGAACAUCCCAGCAGGCGCAGCCGCCCUGGAGCUGUUUGUGCAGUGCCAAAGCCUUCCCAGCUCCUUGCUCCUCCAGCAGUGUGAAACCCACUCCAGUAUCCACCAGUAAACCCCCAGAGAAGGAGCGAUGUGAUGCGGAAGCGGGAGCAGAAGAUGGAGCUGGGAUCCAGCGCUGCCCUACCCAUUGCCCAAAGUUACGUCUUGAGGUUGCAGCGAGACUUUCUUCGAAGCCCCACGCUCCUUAAUCGCCGGAUAAUGCAGAGAACUCUCCAGUUACAGCGCUAAUAACCACAGCAAUUUGACUUCUGUAGCGGUAUAUUGUGGAGAUAAUUAGAUGAGGGAUUCCCAGCUCGUUUGGCUGCGUGACGGAAGCUUCCUCUGCGCGCAGGCAGAGCUCUGCCACCGUCCCUGCCAGCAGCCCUGAUGGGGCAGACCCCAGCGUAGGGGAAUUUUCUCUGUCUGAGCUGUUUGUAGGUAUUGUACCCUGGGGUGAGCUAACGGGCACACCGUGCCGUGCCGUGACAUGGGGGCUCCUGCUGCCCCAAAGACACCGGGCCGUUCCAGGCUGCAGCUUGUCUCUGUGUCAGGUCAAGUCCAAGCCCUGAAUCUGAACCAGAGCUGAGAGCAAGGAGCGGAAAUUCGUAGCCUCGGUCCAGUGGAAAGGCUUGCGGAUGUUUAUGGCUUCGGUGUUUUGAAGAGUGGGGAGGGGGCUCGGCAGUCAUCAGGGAUCCUGUGUCCCUGCCCAGCUGGAGCACUUGCGGCUCUCGAGGCUCUGCAGAGAUGUGACUGACCUUCCCAGGCUGCCUGUCCCAAGCACCAAGUCUGGACCUGCUGCUGUCCCCAAGUGUCCAUCACCCAGCCGUGCCCACCCAGCUACCCCCGGCAUUUGAUGAAAAUGCCUGCAAGGACCUCCCUAUUCAAUUUAUCCUAUAAAGAGCAAAGAGAAUCCCCCCACCCUGCGCACCCCCGGGGUCACAGGCUGGGGACAAGCUCUGGGCUGGAAGGUGGGUUAGCGCUGACACCAAGGAGCACCUCUGGACUCGAUAUUUGCUCUCUGAACCCUGAGCCAGCAGCAAAGCCCUCACUGGGGCUGCUCCGUGUGGACCCUCCAUCUCAGGGUGCUGGUGGUCCAGCCAUGGCACCCAGCGGGGUCCAUCCCCGGUGCUCCCCACCCUCCCGGCCACCCACGCUCCCCAGAAGUGGCUGCGUUUCAGCAGCGUAUCUAUAGCCCCCGCUGUACUCGACGUCCCUGCCAGAUGAAAACUCCCAUACAAACCCAGGCUAUUAUUAUCUCCGUCUUCCACUGUGCUAAUGGUCUCUCAGGAAACAGUCUUCUUUUUUUUCUUUUCUUUUUUUUUUUUUUUUUUUAGCUUUUAAAGCCCACGAAUACCGGAGCGGUGCUAACGAAAAGCCAGGCACGGCGGAGCGGAGCACCGAGCCCUCGCCAAGCGCAGGGGAGCCAGCGUCCCCCUCACCCGGCGGGGACGGGCAGGAUCAGCUGAGGACCAGCCCCAGGGCUUUCUGCAUCGGCACCGUCAGCGAUGCGAGCGAUGGCAGACCAGGCUGCGGCAGCAGCAGAUGCCUCUCCAGCCCUGGCACCGUCCCCGGGCUCGCCUCAGUGUGGGGACGCCGAUGGGCUAACGCCCCAUCCCACCGGCACCAGGGAGGACGGCGGCGGCCGGGAUGGCUGCGGGCUCAUUUUCACCGUGGAUGGGGUCACGAAACCCCCUGCCUCGCCCCAGCCCGGGGGGAUGCUCCUGGCUGACCUCCUGCGGGCCCCCCAGCCCCGGCUGAGCCCGGCCAAGUCCCACACGGCCCCAUCCUCCCCCAGUAUCUCCCCAUCAGAGAGCCGCGCUGCCCUGCUCCGGCUGCGGGAGGCCAGGCUGGAGGACACCAAGAGGCGGCUGUCGGAGGCCAUGCAGGAGCCCCUCAGCCGGCUCAGCCGGCUCAUGGCUGAGGAGAGUGGCCCCGCACCCCGGGGGAAGGCAGGCACUGGGGGGCAAGAGGUGGGGGGCCGUAGGGCUGGGGGCCGCCGGGCACGGGACUGGACCCCCUGGGAGCCCACCCUGAACUGCCGCUACGAGAUCUGCUCCUAUGGGGAUGUGAUCCAGGUGGUGGAGGUGGCACAGCAGGAUGCUGAACCCCGGCUGCCACCCCCGGAGGAGCCGCCGGCGGCACAGCCAGGGGCCGCAGUGCCGGGCAGAGCCCUCGCCUCCAUCACCCUCCUCGCCUACGGAUACUUUGUCCUGCCGCUGCCGCCCUAUGCUGCUGGCCUCUGCCUGGGGCUCAUCUGCGGGCUGGUGCUGGGCUUCCUCGCCAUCCUCCUCCUCAUGCUGAAGCCUGCACCGGCGGCACGGGGACCACGGGGCUGCCUGCGCCCCGUGCUGCUCCCAGGGGAGCCGCGGGAAAGCCACCGCCUCCAGGGCUGGAUGAACCAGCUGCACAGCUACGACCCUGAGGUUUUCCACCCCUCACUCAUGCACUCGGUGCUUGCCACGCUCGAUGGGGCCACCCUCAAGCUCUCCUACCCGAAGAGCAACAUCCCACGCCGAGCCACCUUUGAGGAGGAAAUUCUCGAUGCCACCUUCGUCAGCCACCGCUGCUAUGACCUGACCGAUGCCAAGGUCUUCCUCUGCCCCCCCAGCCUGGCCCGAAAGCGGACGUGGAACCAGAAAUACCCCAUCUGCAUCCUCCUCCCCGACCCAGUGGAGGUGGAGUGCCGGAGCAGUGAGGAGCAUGACACGGAGCUGCAGAGGGAUGAAGGGACAAAGAAGGCGCUGGUGCCAGGGCAGGAUGUCCCAGGGGACUGCAGGGAGAGGUGCCUGUACCUCUUCGGGCGGACGGGGAGGGAGAAGGAGGAGUGGUACCAGCACCUCGUGCAGGCCUCCCACAGGACACCCAGCAGCAGCCGCGGCGAAGCCAGGGCAGGUCUGGGACUGGCUCCGCGGAGCAGCAGCAGCAGCAGCGGAGGGAGUGCCGAGGACAUCCCCUCCGCUGUCCCACCCAAGGACCUGGCGGGAAGUGUCCGACAGAAGAUUUUCCUGGAUUACAGCACCUACAUGGCCCGAUUCGUGCCAGCACAGGUGGGCGGCAGCCCGGACCGGAGCCCCUCUCACGGAGCCCUGGGCAGCCCCACACCCACAAAGCUCGGCGAGGACGCGGCCAGGCGUGGCGAGGCGUGCAUGGCCUGGAUGAAUGCACUGGUGGGGCGCAUCUUCUGGGACUUCCUCCGGGAGCGAUACUGGGCUGAGCAAGUGUCCAGCAAGAUCCAGAAGAAGUUGAGCAAGAUCAAGCUCCCUUAUUUCAUGAAUGAGCUGACGCUGACGGAGCUGGACAUGGGCACAUCCAUCCCCUCAGUCCUCAGCGCUUCCAACCCCACCAUCGAUGACCGAGGGCUCUGGGUGGACAUGGAGGUCACCUACAGCGGCUCGUUGCAGAUGACGCUCGAAACAAAGAUGAACCUCUGCAAGCUGGGGAAGGAGAGCACUGCAGAGGAGAGCAGCCCAGCAGAGGCAGGCGGAGAGGGGGCCAGGCCACGGCUGAUCCUGCUGGCAGACAGCGACGCGGAGUCGUCCAGCGCCGGUUCCUCUGAUGAGGAAGACAUUGCCGCUGCAGAGCCCGCGGGAGCCCUGGGGGAGCGGGUCGCACCGCCUGGCGCCGAGGGCCACGUCAGCGGCCACAGCACGAGCCGAAAGAUCCUGCGCUUUGUGGAUAAGAUCGCCAAGUCCAAGUACUUCCAGAAGGCCACUGAAAACGAGUUCAUCAAAAAGAAGAUCGAGGAGGUUUCCAACACACCGCUGCUGCUGACAGUGGAGGUGCAGGAGCUGGCAGGCACCUUGGCCGUGAACAUACCACCACCACCAACGGACCGUGUCUGGUACAGCUUCAGAGUCCCACCCCAGCUGGAGCUGAAGGUGCGCCCGAAGCUCGGCGAGCGGGAGGUGACGUUUCUCCAUGUCACCGAGUGGAUUGAGAAGAAGCUGCAGCAUGAAUUUCAGAAAAUUUUGGUGAUGCCAAACAUGGACGAUCUCAUCAUUCCCAUCAUGCGCUCCGGCCUGGAUCCUCAGCCACCCGCCGGGGCGCUGCCCAGGGACCUGCCAGCCAAGGCAGAGAGGAGGCUCUGAAGCGCAGCCCCAUGGGCAGAGCAGAGACACUGCGCAGAGCGCAGGGACCUCGCUGGGACACGCAGCCAGCCGGGGCCUGGCCACCGGGCCGCGCCGUGGGGUCCGAGCUUCUGGGUUCGUCUCAUCCUCAGCACUUUUGUAGAUGAGCCUCCUUAAAUACUGCAAGCACACGUUCAGAGCAGAACCAGCCCCAGGGCAAGGAGUUUGCUGGAGACCCAAGAACUUCACGCACCUCCUAGGAGGUUCCCAGGACUCCUGGUCAAGGCGGCAGCUCUGGACCAGCGGAGGGCUGGGCUUCCCACUGUCUGGUUCCCAAAGAGGGUGCAGGACACCCAGGCUAGUUCUGCACUGAAGGAGUUGUGAUCACCGCUGAUCCAAGACAUCACAGCUCCAAGAGGCAUCACACCCUCCCUGCAGGCAGCUGGACUGCAAGGAAAACAUGGGUGGGAAAUGAGUCCAAAAUCUGAAUAAAUCCAUCACUGCCCAGUCUUUCCUAGCAGCCAUCUUAUUGUGCACAAGUUCCCACGUGCUGAGGAUGCCGGCCGGGACCGUGGGGCUUUGUGCAGAGAAAAAUCCACGGGUCGUACUCUCAGCUCCGCAAAAGGAGUGCCUGAGUGUGCGUGUGCGAGAGGCGGCGAGGGGAGAGAUGGUCCGUGAGACUGGGCAGAGGCAGGUCAUGGGGAGGCCCUGUGUUCCCAGCAGAAACUGGGGCAGAAGUGCUGGUACCUGCUCUGCUCUCCUCUGGAAGAGAGGAAGGAGAGUCUUCACUGUGGUUUGGGUGAAUGCAGGCAGUGGGAAAAAAUUCACUGAGCAAGGGAAAGGGAGGAUCCAGAGGACAGAGCAGACACUUGGCUGUCCCAGUUAGGCCCUGUCCAUACAGGCCAGUCCCAAGCGCUACUCGUCCCAUCCCCACCUGCUGAGGAACCUCGAGGACCCCCUGCUGCCCACAGGCAGCACCGAAUACAGCCAAGACACCCCUCCAGAAGGAAGACAGGCAGCAGGCAUGGCUUGAAGCCUCUUUAUUGAAGGUGC